UACCAGCUGUGCAGUGUUUUUGUUUCGUGACAUAACCGCAAUUCGGUAAAAACCAUAAAUUUAGCCCUUGUUUAAUAAAAAUACACGUAUAAGGGCAGUAAUUAUUGUCCAAAUAUGUCCCACAAGUAUACGGAGCUGAUCAAGCUCGGCACGCAGUAUGCCCGACGCAUGAAUUACCUCUCAAACCGCAUUUUCGGCGAAGUUGCACGCACCACCAACGAGAAAUCCAUGAAGGUUGUCCGCAUGUUCUCCGAGGAGCCCAUACACAAGCGCGACUAUGUGGUCAAUUGGUAUCCCCGUCACGUGGAGACGCAUCUGCUGAUGAAAAACCUUCGCGACUAUGGCCUUUUCCGGGACGAGCACUUGGACUUUCAGGACGAGAUGAAAAGGUUGCGCAAACUACGUGGCAAGGCGCCGCCCAAGAAGGGCGAGGGCAAGCGGGCCUCCAAGAAAUAGUAGUAGGAUAAAUAUAAAGUAGUCUUUUUAUUGAAA